AUGCGCCGCACUCCACAACGCCCACGCUCGGGCGACACUCCUGUCGCAACCCCUCGUCCCAUCGAACCACCCACCAAGAAGAUCUUCAACUGCAUCGCCGACGACUCUGCUUUGCUCGCAGGCGCAAAGAAGAGCACUCGCGACGGCAUUCGCAAGUGGAUCGCCAAUGGCCAAAUCAGGCUCUUUGUGCCCCUCUACAGUACGUCGCCAUGCAGACAAAUCAGACACGACUACGACUGA